AUGUCUGCCCCAUCCGCUUCCCAGUCACUUGAUUCUGGUUGCUCUCAGCCAGACGCACUUCCCACAACACCUCCGGCUACAACAUCCUUUCAAUCACCACCUCUGGGUUUAUCUGCACCCCCUGCUUCCACUGAGCACUACGGCCUCCAUGACCCAUCUGUUUCUUUCUCCCCCAAUGUCAGUCUGCAGUCAUCCAACGGAUACAACCUCCAAGACGUCUCAUUCACAACAAAGGCCUCAUUUGAUGCACUGAAUUGGGAAAAUCCACCGCCUCUUCUCCGCCCCUUACUCAACGGAUCUCCAAGCACGCCCAAUGGAUCUAUAGGCUCUUCCACCUGGAGGACGCCACCUUUGUCCCCAAUCACAUCACAUUUGUUUACCCAAUCGGCAGCAUCGCACUCGUUACCUUCUUUGCCACCUAUAGCAACCCCGCAAUUCACGUUCCCGUCGCUCCCUUCCCCAUCACUCCCUUCCCACUCUCUUCCACGUCACUCCCUGGUUCUCCCUUCCCACUCCCUUCCAUGUCACUCCCUGGUUCUCCCUGCCCCAAUUCUCCUUGCCCCGGUUCUCCCUGCCCCAAUUCUCCCUUCUUCAGUUCUCCCUGCCCCAGUUCUCCCUUCCGCACCUCCUGCGCCUCCUGCAGUGGAGACUCCACAAAACGGAGACAUGCAGCAUAGCGCACCAGAGAAAACACUCAAGGUAAAACGAAAGCGCGUGUCAAAGGCCGUCGACACGGUCAUGGAGGUUGUCGAGUCUGCUGAUCCAAAUACUCUGCGAAAGACUGGUCGUAUUCGGCAGGAGUCCACCCGUAUGGCGCAGGUGAACCAAAUUGGCCAAAUUAACAAGCGAUCGAGAACUCGGAGAUAG